AUGUCUACAGAUGCGGAGAGUCUGAGGCGAAGGUCCACGGCUGAUAGUUCAGAGCACCUGUGGGACCAUGAGCACAGAGCUUGUCGCCGGAGCUCCCAGUGUGACAGGCUGUGUGUGGCCAGCACACAUCCCGAGAUGGUCGAUACUCCUUCAACCUGUGGCUCGCACCAAAUCCACCACGCAUCAAAAUGCCUCUCGGCUCACAGACUCUCCUUACACUCGCGGGGUACUGAGGACCCCUGGCAGGAAGCGAGUCUGAGGACCACGAUCCAUGCUGAGAAUGAAGUGGAGGCACACAAACUGGUCAAUAAUUACAUGUUUGGCUUCAGGAAGUGGAAGAGUCAUGUUACAGAGCGUCCGAUCGAAGACCGAUCAGACCAGGUGAAGGAGUUGUACUCUGAGCAGAUCUUCAUCAAACCCUAUACAGGCUCACUGAUCACCGUUGGCAACAUUGCAUAUAUGCUUCUCUUUGGCUGGUGGCUCUCUUUAGCUUACUUUCUUGUUAGCUUAGUGAUGUUUUGUACCAUCAUUGCAAUUCCACAUGGGAAACUCUGUUUGAAGUUGUCUGGUUAUUUACUGUGGCCCUUUGGGAAAGCAUUACAAAAGACUAGCAGUCUGGUACGCAAAUGCUGCAUUAAGUUCCCCAACUGUGAAGCUAUUCCAGAGGAAGUGGGUGAUGUGCGAGGAUCUCCAGACAACACUAGGGAAUCUUCACCUCUGAUGACUUCUCCACCCAUCCCUAUAGAUGUCCCCCCUCCUCCUCCUCUUCCUGAGAAGCGCUCUUACUGGUGUUGUGUGAGCACGUAUGUUUGGCUCGUGCUUGGAUACAUUCCUCUUGUUGUAAUCCACUCCCUGGCCUGCUUCCUUGCCUGGAUGAUGGUCUUCACCAUCCCUGUUGCCAAAAUGAAUGGCAGGAUCCUCGGUAUCAUCCUCUUCCUGCAGCCUGAUGAGAUUCAGGUUCGACCGGUGAAGAAUUCUCACGCUUGUGAAACGAGGGUCCUCCUGUGCUGCUACCACGCCUUUAACUGGUAUUACUACAAAUACACAGUGGAUGGUGUCAACAUCUUUGCUGUCAACUUGCUGCCCCUUGUCGUCAUCACUCUGGUGAUUGGUUAUGUGGACCAUGAUGAUCAUUUAGUCGGGUCUGAGGUGAAGUUUGCCACAGCUGUGAUCUCCAUCAUCCCCCUGUCUUACUAUAUUGGCAUGGGUAUAGCCAGUAUCUCAGCUCAGAGUAACUUUGCAGUAGGAGCAGUAGUGAACGCCACGUUUGGUUCCAUCACAGAGAUGACGUUCUACAUCACCGCCCUGUUGCAAGGUCAUCGCACUGGGAGCAAGUGUUAUGGAGAGAUCGUUAAAGCUGCUCUCACGGGGACCCUGCUCGGCUGUAUCCUCUUUGUUCCGGGUUUGUGUAUGAUCAUCGGGGGCUGCAAGCACAGCGAGCAGAGAUUCAACAGCCGAUCAGCCGGGGUCAGCUCUGCCCUGCUCUUCAUUUCAAUUGGAGGUGUGUUUGCUCCAACACUGUUCUCUAAAGCUUAUGGGAACCUGUUGUGUGACAACUGCAGCAAUCCAUCUGGUAACCUGAUUGGACCCUUCCUCUGCACAGACUGCCACUAUGAUCUGAGUGAGAACAACCGCGCCUUGUUCGUGAGUCAUGUCGAGCCUCUGGUGUACACAGUCUCCGUGCUUCUCCCUGCUGCGUAUGUCAUCGGUUUGAUCUUCACACUGAAGACGCACACUCACAUCUACGACAUCCACAUCAGUGAUGUACACUGCCAUGGUGUGUCCACCAGAGGGUGCUCACCAAUUACCCAUGAGCCAACAGUGCACUGGUCCAGAUGGAGGGCUUUGCUGGUUCUGAUCAUGGCCACAUUCCUGACAGCUGCCUGUGCAGAUCUCACCACUGAGCACAUCAAACCCAUCAUCUCUCACUCCAGCAUCUCACAGUACUUUAUUGGCGUUACUGUGCUGGCGAUGGUUCCUGAACUUCCUGAAAUAGUCAACGGGAUCCAGUUUGCACUGCAGAAUAACAUUAGUUUGAGCCUGGAAGUUGGAAACUGUAUCGCUGUACAAGUCUGCAUGCUUCAGAUUCCACUAUUGAUCCUAUUCAAUGCUAUUUAUGACGUUGGAUUCGUUCUCAUAUUUAGUGACUUGCACCUGUGGGCGAGCAUCUUCAGCGUCAUCCUGGUGAAUUACAUCUUCAUGGAUGGGAAGUGUGAUUAUUUCCAGGGAACGGCUCUGGUGGUCGUCUACCUCAUCCUCCUGGCGUUGUACUUCUUCGCUCCGUCUCCCCGUGGCUGCUGAUCAUCUAG